AUGUUGCUGUUAUUUGCUAUUAUCUCAAUAUGCUGGAUAACAAAUCAUUUCGAAGCAACAGAAAUGACAACAAAGAUGGUAAAUCCGGGCGUGGAUUGUGACAUAACAUGGGACACUGGUUUGAUGGAAAGCCCAGAUGGAAAUUCCGAUUUAUUCAUGCUUUAUACACCCAUCGGGUUUGGAACACUGGGCGUGUGGAAACUGGAAUCUUGUUUACCUGGUUACAGUUUUCAAAUCAGUGAAAAAAGAUGUAUACCUGAACGGCUCACACUGCAAACAAAUGUAUUCCUCAACAAUAACUGCGCAAAUGAUGAAGAAUGUAUUGAUGGAACGGUCUGUGAUCCAAAUAAUAUGCGAUGUUCGUGUCCCGUUGGCAUGACAGCCAAUCUAAAUACUUUAUCUUGUAUUCCAACGUCGUCUUUAUUAAAAUCACUUCAACAAAAAGACUACAAUGUGUAUUCAUCAAGUAAAAGUGAACCAGUUAUGACUACUGGAAAGGACAUACUAUCAAAUGCUUUUCACGUACAAAUGCCACCAGGAAGCAGCUGUUCAAAUAAUGAAAUAUGUGGUGGUGGUUCAUUUUGCAGUCUUCCAAUGAAAUUAUGUCUUUGUCCUGAUGAUAUGGAAGAUUUUGAGAGUCAAUGUCGGAUACCUGGACGACCUGCUGCCUUAACUGUGGGACCCGGUGAACUAUGUAACAAAAAUCAGGUAUGUUCUCGUGGAUCAGUAUGUCAUCCAAUUAUUCCUGUGUGCAUCUGUCCGGAAAAUACCGUUCUUCAAGAAAACUCCUGCUUUCCAGUUGGAAUAAAUAAUCAAACCAAGAAUAUAUGGAGAAAAUCGGAAACCAUAAGUACCAAAAUGAUUCAUAAGUUCCCGGCAAUACCUAAAUUCGAUGGAGAAGGACAAGCUGCUGUUGGAUUUCCAUGUCGUGCCAAUAUCGACUGCAUCACAGGAGCAUUCUGCAAAGGCACUACCAAUCCAGCCACUUGCCAGUGUCUCUCAACCCAUGUCAACAUUAAUAAUUUCUGUGAAAAAGUGAUACAUCCUGGACAAAGUGGAUGUCAUCAUGAUAUCCAAUGCUCGGUGACUUACUCUGCUUCUAAAUGUUCUGCUGGUCAAUGUAUCUGUCCGAAUGGUUUUAUUGCUAUCGGACAAACUUGUAAACCAGGAGUUUGCAUGACUGAUGGGGACUGUAAAGGUGGUUCGAAGUGUCAGGAUGGCUGGUGCAUUUGUCCGGAAGCAUCGAUGAAAGUGGUUGAUGGAAACUGUAAAAAGAUCUAUAGCGAUUCACUCCUCACAACAAUGCAGAAUAAUUCCACAGCAAUAAACACGUUAAUAAGCGAUAAUAAAAUGAUGACCUCGCAAAUAAACUUGUCCGCUUCAAACAUUGCACCAUCUGCAAUAAAAAUACCUGAAACGAUCGAGAAGCUUUCGACUUUCGAACUUCUUAUCGACCCUUUAACCUUAUCGACAACGUCGCUACAGUACGUUGGAGAUAUGUUACCUGCUGCUGGCGUCAAUCAGUGGAAAAGGACAGGAACAACUACCUCAAUUACCAGUGGCACUACUUCUGCUAUAUCAAUACCGAAUCGUCCUCCAGGCCAACCACGAAUCACUGGACCACCAUUAAGCAGACCACGUCUUCAGACGAUCACAGUGCCAACCUACAAAAUUCGGCCUGGAAAUGGAAUAUGUCCUGUUCCAGACAGUGUUGUUCGUGAUGAGAGUACCAACUAUCUGAUAGUCUGUAAUGGUGAGAAACCGUUUUGCCCACCGAAUUCUUACUGUUACGUUACUGGAUAUGCUAAUCAGGAAUACAACUGUUGCCGGUCUUGA